AUGUCAUUGGUGAAGCGAUGGGAAGCCUUGGGUUGCGGCCCUGAGGGAGCGAAGGGGUUGGAGACCUUCGUGUCCAAAUUGGAAGGCCUCCGAGAUCAGCUAUCCGAAGUUCGGGGAGCUCCUGUCUCGGAUCUGGAGGCGAGAGCUCGACUGUAUAUGGGACUACCCCGGGACGGGCAACUACAUGUAGAUCGCUUGCCGAGAUUGUCAGUGGCGACAUACAGAGACAUGCUCCGAGAGUGCAAGUCCUGGGCUCAGCUUACCUUGAGAUAUGGGGUAGAGAGUCUUGGGAUGAGAUCGAUGGCACCACUGAAGUUACCUACCAAAGAUCACACGGGUCCUAAGAAAGGCCAAACCGGAGCCCAUUUGGCCGAGUUGCACAACGCGGAGAUCGACAGUAGGGCAAGAGCCCAGGUGUAUGUUAGCGGCCUACCCUUCCAUUGGACCUUUCGAGAGACGAAGGGUUUGAUCGGUGAGCUCUCCAAUGGCGACUUGUCGGUGUAUGUUACCAUGUUGCCCAGGAAGGGCACUGCCAUCGUGAAGCUCAAGACCGAUGUCGAAGCUGAGAGAGUGAUACAAUUAUUGAACGGCAAGCAGAUUGGUGGGCGGGUUGUGUUGGCUAAGCACGAUAAGUUCGCGCAAAAGACGGUUGAUAGCAAUCCCCAGGUCAAUCUGAGUGAGGCACAGCAGAGAGUGUGCCAGUUAGACGACUCCUCAUCGGAGGAGAGUAGUAGCUCGGCGGAAUGUCAUAUCCUUGCAGUCGAGACCGGCGUUCUUGAUGAUAGCCAUUGGGCGAAUACCUCUUUGGAGGAGAGACUAUCGAGUCAACAGUGUCAAGAGCGAAUCGUACCGGAUAUUGUGGCGUUAUGCCAGACCAGCAAGGGUGUCGAGUCCGCUGAGGCUAAGAGCUUCGAGAGCAACAUUGAGAACUUCGAGA